AUGUCCUCAAUAGCUGGACUAUUGGGCCAAACGCCUUCGACUCCAUAUUACCAGGCCAAGAAAUCUUCUUUGAUGGAUUUAUUACUGAACCCUGAUGCAAAGGAAAAUGCUACUAGUACAGCCGCAAGUAUUGAAGAGGAACGGGCUUUCUCCAAGGGCCACGAUGAAGAUAUAAAUUCUUCGCAACCAUUGUUGCCUUCGUCGCAGUCCUCGGUGACGUCUGAGAACAAACCAGUCCUAGAACGGUCUGAUAGUGUUAGAUUACCAGCAAUCGGUAAUGACUUACCCCUGUUGCUGAUAAAUGUGCCCCCUGUUAAGGACACCCAAAUUGGUUCUAUUCAGUCCAUCUUGUACCCCGAGUCACCAAACAAUGGAUUACCAGUAGCCGCAGCAGCUGGAACAGCAGCAGCUUCGGCAGCUACAGUAUCAACUGGAUCAAAGACUAUACCUCUAGUAUCCACGUCAUCAUUACCGUCAUCUCCUAGAUCUGCGGUCAAAAAACCCGCUACCUCCUAUAUUGAGCUACUUACUAAGAAUGGGAAAUUCACCAUAGAUGAGAUCGUCGAAGUGUUGGAUGUUGGAAUACCAGAGACUACUAAAGAAUAUUCUGAGCAUCUUCAUAAAAUUGCAAACAUCAUAUACGAGAAUGACAAUAAAUUGUCACUUACCCAAAUACAAACUUUAGAGCGAAAGUUAUAUACGUUGAUGAAUUCGCUUUCUUCAUAUCAAGAUCCAUCUGAAUAUGUAAACUCCAAGCUUCACUUAAUCGUGGAAAGAAAUUUUGAUCUAUUCAUCAAGAUUGCUACUGGGAACAAAAGUAUAACUCUUUCUACAAGAACAGUAAGGUUUCUUACACUGGUUAUGCUUGCUCUAAACUACUGGGAAAUAUACAAUUUGCUAUCAUGGAAGCCUGCAAUCUACCAUUUCCUAAUGGUUAUCCAAUUUGACUUGAAUGAGUGUUAUUUUAAGUUUAUCAAAGAAUACGGAGAAUUUACUGAAAGGUUAAGGUUAGCAAAGGAAGAAAAGGAAAGGGAAUCUGCCACGAAAGGCAGACGUGGUAGAAAAAAGAAGAUUAGAUCCGAUAAUAGAGAAGAUGAAGAUGUACCAGACGAUCAUGAUCAAUUUAUAAUGGAAGUGCUAUCAGGAAAUAGUAGGCAAAAGAGAAGGGCAAGGGUGGAUUCCAAAUUAGAGGCUCAUAAAAUAAUAAAGAAGGGUAGUAGAGGGAGACCAGUUGGAAGUGGCAAUUCGGAAAAUAAAAAGAAGAAUAGAAACAACGACAAUAAUGGUAGUAAUACUAGCAACAUUAACAAUACAAGUCCAGACGUUUCUGGAGUUGAUGCAGACGGUAUAAAAUCGUCAAACUACGAUCCUGAUGUUGUGCAUGAGUGUCAAUUACCGUCGGCUGAUGAGCCAAACAAAAUGUGUUUGCGGAGAUUUUCACGUAAAUAUGAACUUAUCAGACAUCAAGAGACUGUGCAUUCUAAAAAGAAGAAACUUUUCAAAUGCUAUGUUUGUGUUAAGCAGAACCCACCACUUGGUCCAAGGAUAUUCACUAGACAUGACACGCUAGCAAAACAUAUAAGGGUAAAUCAUAAGAUAUCUGGCAAAGAAGCUAAAGCUGAGGUUGCAUAUUCAAAGAAACAUGCAGAAGUAGUUGAAGAAGGUGAUAUAACAGUCCAUGUUGGGAGGAGAAAGACAAAGGUAGAUUUUGAACUCAGAGCCCACAUGGAAAAGAGAAGGGGCUCUAAAGAUGAAUCAAUAAAUUCCCAAGAUGAAUACUCUGAUGAAUAA